CGCUGUUCGAAUUCGUCUCAAGCAUUAUAAAGACUUUCAACACCAAUUUCUUUUAUACCGUCCUCAACUACAGUCAGAAGCUUGGGCUUUAUCAGAUCAAAUACUAAGAUCACAGGUAAUACCUGAAACGGCGCGAUAUUUUGCUGCUCGAACAUUUCGGCAAAAGAUAACGCUCGACCUACAUCAACUCGAUGGUACUGCACGAAUUUCUCUUCGCGAUUCGCUUUUGGAAUUGCUUUAUCAAUACCGCGAAGGUCCUCGUAAGAUUAUUACUCAGAUAUGUCUUUCUCUCGUGGCGUUAGCUCUUCAAAUGCCCGAGUGGCAAAAUGUGUUACCUCAAUUUGCAGAAUUAUAUGGUAAAAACCCUGAUACUGUAAAAUGUUUGUUAGAAUUUCUUAAAGUUCUUCCAGAAGAAGUCAAUACAAAUAAUCGUAUACCUAUAUCGGAUGAAGCAUAUCAAAUAAGAUCGAAGGAGUUAUUAACUAAUAAUGCCAAUGAGGUGUUGCAAAUGCUUUUGAUUUAUUUACAAAAUUCGGGCGAAAAUAUUGAUUAUCAAAUACAGGUGUUUGAAUGCUUUGAAAGUUGGCUUUAUUCUGGUGACAUUGCCAUCGCUAGUUUAGAAAAUAAUCCAUUUUUAGGUCAUUCAUUUGAUGCUUUACAAUCGAACGAAUUGUACGACAUAGCUGUUGAUGUAGUAUGUCGGAUUAUCCAUGAAACGCGGGACAUCCCCGACUCAAUGCCAGUGAUCGAACAAAUAUAUCCCCGGUUAUUUCUUCUGAGAGAGUCACUGAAGAGAGCGAUUGAGGAAGAGGAUGAAGAUAAAGUACGAGGAUAUUGUCGAAUAUUUACACAAGCUGGUGAAUCAUAUUUGGACCUUAUCGUUCAGCAUUCCGAUGCAUUCCAAAGUAUCGUGGAAAGCAUAGCUGAGUGUGCAGCGUAUCAGGAUACAGAAAUCGUCAGAAUAACUUUCUUCUUUUGGCAUAAAUUGGCCGAUACAUUACUUGAACCGAGACAUGCAAACAUUCGAGAAAGAUUUAAAACCAUAUAUUCAAAUUUAGUUGAUGUUAUGAUUAAACAUUUACACUACCCUAAAGAUCUUUCAUCUUGGACGGCAGAAAGGCGCGACGAAUUCCGAGAGUUCAGACAUGUGAUGGGUGAUGUCCUAAAAGAUUGCUGUCUUAUUGCCGGCUCACAAGAAUGUUUAACAAAACCUUACGCAAUAUUAGCCAAUCAACUUUUGAAUACAGCAAAUGGAAAUAUGUUAGAGUGGCAGGAAAUUGAGGCACCGUUGUUCUCAUUGAGAGCAAUGGGAUCAGAGAUAUCAGAAGAAGAGAAUGUUGUUUUACCUCAAAUUAUGCAACUUCUUCAACAAUUACCGGAUCAUCCGAAAAUUCGUUAUGCAGCUACAUUAGUCAUUUCUCGAUAUUCUUUUUGGACAAGGAAACAUUCACAAUUUAUCCCAUAUCAAUUGAAUUUUAUCUCUUCUGGAUUUGACAAUGAAGAAGUAUCUGCGGCUGCCUCAAUGGCGUUGAAAUAUUUGUGUAAAGAUUGUAGUGAGCUAUUAGUUGAGUAUCUCCCACAACUACAUCCAUUUUACCUUAAUGUCACAAACCAACUUAAUGGAGCAGACUUACUCGAAGUUACAGAAGCUGUGACUCAUGUCGUCGCUGCUGUUCCCCCGGCAGAAAUAUUAAAGGCAUUGCAAACGUUCUGCUUACCAAUCGCUCAAGGAUUACAUUUGCUUGCCAAUAAAGGGGUAGAAGCAAGCGAAAGAGACAUUAGAAAUGCAUGUGACAAGGUUGAACAAUUUUCCAUGAUUUUACGUGUUCUUGCAGAUCGUCAGAAAAAAGAUGAUGCAACAGAUACUGCCUCUUUACCAAUUCAUCCUUGCAUAUCUAUUAUACAAGAAUUGUGGCCCGUAUUUGACCUUCUCCUCAUGAAUUUUGGAGCAGAUCCACAUUUAUCAGAAAGUCUUUGUAAAUGUUUCAAAUAUUGCAUAGUGUAUUAUCCGGCGGCGUUUCGUCCAUUACUUCCAGAAUUCAUGGAUCGUAUAAUUACCGUAUUUGAUCGAACGGGUUUAAGCUGUUAUCUGUGGGUCGCCGGGAAAUGUGUGCGUGAGCAUUCCACGGGUGAAGGAACAGAGGCUACAAUGACAUUAUUAACCUUUCUUGAAAGGUUAAGUGUUACUAUGUUCCGAUUUCUUGUUGAGAAGAAACCUAAUGAUAUUCCAGAUGUCGUUGAAGAUUAUUUUCGUCUCAGUAUUACUUUUAUUGAUUGCGCUCCUUUGACAUAUUCUCAGUCAGCAAUCUUUCCUUCAGUGCUUCAGGCUGGUUUGACAAGUCUGGCAAUUGAACAGCAAGACGCCUUACAUUCUGUUCUGGCUUUUUUCAAUAAAUUACUUUCAUUCAUUGUAAAAGAGAUGCAACAAACAUCGCCUGCAUCAGGGAAUAUUACUUGUUCGCCAAUAACACCCGCAUCACAUUCGGUUGGGUUAAAUGCCAAUCUAUUAAACCUUGGAACUAUACUUUGUCAACACGGUUCGGCAUUAAUUGAUGGAUUAUUCAGAGGGCUUAUGUAUACAUUUUCAAGAGAUUUGCAACAAAAUUACAUCGAAGAUAUAUUGACAGCGUUGGCUAAAUUGUAUCCUCAUGACAGCCAGCAAUGGAUAUCUGAAGUAUUUCAGCGUUUACAAGAUGUUAAUCUAACUUCUGACAUAAAGAAUGCAUUUAUAAGGGACUACAAUCU